AAAUCGACUCCUAUAUGGAAGCAGUUCAGACGCACUGUGGUCGGUUUGGGACGCAGCUGGAGCUCGUGCAACAGUAACAUUGCAGAAGAAGUGAACCUUCAUUAGGAGUUCAGAGGACUUAAUGAAGACACUGAAGACAAGAUCUUCACUCGCAGGAACCAGAUUUUGCUCAUUAUGGGUGUCAAAGGUCUUCACAGCUACAUUGAGAGCAACAGUGACUUCCUGAAGACACGCUGGUUUAGAGAAAGCAAACUGAUCAUCGAUGGAUCCAGUCUGUACUACUCUCUUUACCUCAGGUCUCACAUAGACCAAGCUCAUGGUGGAGAUUAUAGUGGUUUCGACAAAACGGUUACUCAGUUUUUCAGAAAUCUCAGGAUGUGUGAUAUUCAGCCGUACGUGGUGAUCGAUGGAGGGGACGACGUGAGCGGCAUUAAAUUUCACACCCUGAAGACGAGAUGCCAAGAAAGAAUUAGACGAGCCAACCGCUUGUCCAAGGGAGGUUCAGGGGAAAUUAUUCCCAUUCUCAUGAAAAAUGUGUUCAAGCAGAUCCUCCGGAAACUCGGCGUUCCCUUUAUUCAGUGUCUGGCAGAAGCGGAUUGGGAAACGGCCGCGUUGGCCAACGAGUGGAACUGUCCAGUUCUGUCCAACGACAGCGACUUCUACAUCUUCAGCAACCGAGGUGGAUAUCUGCCCAUCGAUCAUUUCCAGUGGCGGAAAGUGAGCCAUAAAUCCACUGCCAAAAAAUUCAUUAUUUCCAAGUGGUUUGGUUUUAAGAACCUCUGCAGCGCUUUUAACCGCAUGAAUAAACAACUUCUUCCACUUUUUGCCAUCAUCCUGGGCAAUGACUACACCAAACUGGACAAGAGUGCACUCCCAAACUUCUCAAAGUUCUCAACUAGACCUGGAGGAACCGCCCAGAUCGAUGGUUUACUCAUGUGGUUAUCACGUUUCCCAAACCCGAAAGAAGCCAUCAAUGCUCUCCUCAGCCCUCUGGGGAACCAGAGAUCAGAAAAUCUAAACACUGCAAUAAAUCAUGGAAUGGCAGCGUACCAGCUCAAUCCCAGCUCCAUAGCCCAGUUCUUUAUAAGUGGAGAACCUCAGGGAAGAACUCCAGGCCCUUUAGAGAACCUGCCCGACUGGAGUCUGAAACCUCUGGCAGAAGGAAAGCUGGCAUCCACUGUCAUUGAAGUCCUGACACUGCAGAGGGUCAUGUUGAACUUCCAGGUGGAGGAUUUUGGGCUGAGCAGCAGCAGCGAGACGUCUCGACCGAUACGACAGGUGAUGUACGGGGUCCUGCUGUGUACCAGGAGGCAGAAAGUCGGUAAACGUAGCAGGUCUUCUGGAGAGGAACUGGAACACAGUGUGGAGGAGUUCGACAGGACGGGAACGAUGCUGACCAGCUCCAUGGUUCCAGCAGUUUUACCACAAUGUGUAGCAACAAACCUUCACCUGGACUCACUGUGGGAGGAACCGCAGCAUUUGCGUCUGCAGGUCGUGUUGGAGGCUCUUGGUGUCUCCUCGAUCGCUGCUUCACUCCAAGUCCCUGAAGGUCUGCAGCUUGCCGUGUACGUCACGUGUUACUGGAUUAAACACGCGACGCCUAAGCCGAGAGCAGAAAUGUUCUGGGCUUUACUGACCGGCCUGGUCUUCGGUCACCUGAGCAGAGAGCUGCAGGCUGAGCAAGGAGGUUUAAAAAGCUGCAGAGUCGGAAGGGUAAGAAGUGUGGACCUGGAACUGGCUCACGCCUACAGUCAGUGGCAGUCAUGUCUGAAAGACAGCUACACCCUGAACCAGCUCCUGAAUCAUCCGGUACCGGAGCCGGAGUUAGCCUGGUUGUACUGCGGUACCUUGGUGCACGGUGCAGCCCAUGAGCUUAAACGAGGCAUCGAACCCGAGUCUUUUCUCGCCGGCGCUCCCGUCACAAUCGCGCUUUACAGAAACCUGCAGGCCGCAGUGGAGCACGAACUGGAUGACGACUUCAUCAAGAAGAUGAGGACCAGGACAUGGAUCACAGAGGUGCCGGUGGACGAACUGAGCAAAACGUUUACACGUCUCAUGGACGAAGACGAGGAUGAGCCCCAGUCCAUGAUGGAUGACAAGGCGCUGGAGGAAACCUGCAGCGUACGAGUCAGACACAAAACCAAAUGUAGAAAUACGAAAUCCAGAUCUACCAAGCAGGAUCAGGGGAAAUUUCAGUAAAGUGUUCAAACAACGCACUUAUUCAUUAAAGUUAUUAAAGAAAUUAACAAUUUUUUUUGUGAGGGCCACAUAAUAUUUACUUUCUUUAAUGGGGUCUGUAACAGAAAAUGCCCCGGGAUGGCGUGAAUGUAUUUUGGCUCCGAAUGCUAAAUUAGUUUAUUAUUUUGUUCUGCAGCGUACAGACACAUGAGCGUCACUUUACAGGAGAUACAUCACCUAUUAAAAGAACAGUAUUACUAUCAUAAUGACAUUCUUUAUAUUAAUUGCUAUUGAAAUCAAAAUAUUUACUUACUCAUGCAUGCGGUUGUCUGGUAAAUCUAACAAAUAAUUAAGCAGCGUUAAUAACUAGAGGUCGAGCGAUCGCGAUAGCUAGUUUGUAUCGUAGUCGCCGAUAAUCGAUUAAUCAACCAAUAGUUUUUAGAAUAGAUACUAGAAAAACACCAUAUUACUGAAGUUUAUUACAAAAUUAAAACCAGUGCUGAAUCAUGAAAAUGUGUUGAAUAAAAUAAAUAUGAAUAUAUACAUUAAUAAAUAUGUUAUAAAUAAUAAAUAUAAUCUAGCGCUCUCCGUGCAGCGCACAGUCUCACGUGUAAAAACAAACGUGGUGGGAUUUGUGUCUCCUAAAAUCAGAUUAUUGUUGAAUUCCGUCACACGUCAGUGUUUGUCACGUUUCUCAGGUGCAGUGAGAAGAUUCAUCACGUGAACGUGAAUUCAUUUUUAUUGUUGAAAAUGUAAUUUUAUCUGCAGUUGUGUUUUCAUGCCCAGUGUUUAUGGAAUUGUGACUUUUCUCUAAUAAAAUCAAAUGAAAGUCA